AAGAACACUCGUCCUCCUGCAGUACUGAGCCUGCUGUGAGCAGUACUGUGCGACACCGUAGGACGACGUUGUGAGCACGUGACGUACCGUCCCAUCAUUCCUUUGCUUCCAAUCUGCGCGUGACAUGUCACAUUAUUGUGUCAGAGAUGAGAUUCUAGAGAUUGCAGUGAGAUGUUAGGAUGUUGUGAGGUUUCAUUAAUGUCAAAGCUGCUCUAAGACUAGCGUAGCCACGGGUCAUCCUCUCCACAGACGGAGAAAUAAAGUUCCAGCAGCCUCCAGUGCGACGUGCGUGCACGAAAGGACUGUGGAACUCGUGCGUGUGGGUGUGCGUGCGCCGCGCGUCACUGCUGCUGAUGUUGGCGAUAAAGUAACGGCAGUGUCGUCCUCGCGGUUUGUGACGGAUGUUUCGGCGAGUCAGGUUCAGUCAAACGAACCUUCUCCCUGAUGCUGGCGACGAGGAGCCUGGAGUGUGUUCUCGCCGGAUAAGACGAUCUCGAGACGUGAUGCGCAAGAAACAGCGCCGCCUGCUUCCGGUGGUCGUGCGUCAGUUGGCGAGCGGAUACAUGACGUGACACUGCGUCUCCUGUUGGCGUGGACGUCAGCUGCAGGUCAGCCUGAGACACCGAGGAGGCGCAGGGUGUCAGUCCUUUCCCCUUCCCCCGUCUGUCUCUCUCUCUCCUGCAACAGGACUACAGCAUGCAGAAGAAACCGGAUGCAGCGAAUGGUGAAAUGGCGGCUUGAUUUCAUCCGAGGACCUGCGGCUGGUCAACCGAGGGCUUUGUUCGCUGACACAUGUUGGCCCUGGACCUUGUGGUGCUGCACUUUCCAUAUGCGGACGUUUCAACAUGGCGGAAGUCAACUAGGACCGGGUUCCUGUCAAAUAUGAUCGAGUUAAGCAAGGAAGGAAUGACUGCCUUGAUUUUUUCCAGUAACUGUACCGCUUAAAAACAGAUUGAACACUUUGUUGACUUUGUUGUACCACAGUUUGUGUUGAACAUGUGUAGCACAUAGCAUAACAUGUUUACAAUCAACAGUUCAUCGUCAAGAACAUCAGAAAAAAAAAAAGUGGCGACUGGUUGCUACCCUUGUAUUUAAAGUUUACUCCAAUCACGACAAACACCACCUUCAGCUGUCUACCUCACCAGGUGCUUCCCAUUGUAAAUAUGCUAUUUGCAUAGCCAGAAAAACACAGGUGUGAACCACAAGAGACCCAGUAGGCAGAUAACAGCAGUUAACCAUGGGAGGUUCUCCGUCAAAAGAAAAGAAGAACAACAAAUUCCAGCAAAACUCCAAAGGAGGGAAGAAAAACAAACGGAAGCUGAACAAGAAAGCAGCAACAAAGACAGACGCCAAGUGGACGAAGGUGUCUGGAGAAGGGGUCAAGCUGCAGCACGAUGACCGCAAGGACAGCGACGUGGAGGACCUCAAGAACCCGCCACAGAGGGAGCGCUCCAAGUCCCUCCGGUUCUGUGACUUUACCCAGCUGGAGCGCACCCCGAAGGUGGGACACGCGGACUUGCUACCCGUGGAUAUUGCCUUCUUCCAGGAGGGCAGGGUACAGCCUGAGGAACUGUGUCACAUUUGUAGCGUGUACACCGGAAGUGAGACGAUGACGUGCGGAGUGUGUUACCGCACGUACCACGAGAGCUGCCUGUCCAAGAUCGGUCAGUGGUGUGACAGUCACAAGUCAGAACCUGGGACUCUGUGGACCUGCCACCAGUGUGCGAAUCUGGGCAAUUUGUUGACGGAGGAGGAGAUCAUCAACGUUCUGAGGCGUCUGGACAAAUGCGGCAUCCGUCGAGAGGAUGACUUGACACUGGCAGACUACAUGGCUUAUUGCCACCUGUCCCUGCAAGAGGACGAGGGCAAGAUCCUGACCCGUGAGAAAGCUGAGAACGCACGGCGGCGCUUCGCUCAGGUGGACACCGCCCACAGCGGCCGCAUCACGUGGUGUCAGUUCCUCAACAUCGAGAGCGUCAGGAUCCUCAACAAGCGGCCAAAGAACUCCUUGGUUCGUCUCCUGACGUCGCCAGAACUAGAGCGUGCCCGAGACGCCUUCCGCCUGCUCGACACCGACAUGUGCGGCCGCAUCACCAAGGCAACGGCGCAUGAAGCCCUGGACAGGAACUCCCGUAGAAGCGGUUACUACCCUGAUGAGACGAUGAUGUACAUAGACGACGACUUAAGCGAGUCCGUGUCGUGGAUUGAGUUCCUGCGUGACCGCGCCAUCUACAUCAUCGCUGAGCGCCCCUGGCUGCGCGCCUCACCCUCGGAACAAACGCUCAUGCGCAAAGGUUCCGCGCGAUCGUCUUUGACCUCCUCGGCCAUGUCCACUCACAUUCUAUCGCAUUUCGCUGGCAAAAGCAGCAGCAGCAGAGUCUCCGGGGAGGCCCACCCGCGUUCUGUACCGACCACCCCGGUAUCCAAGCUACCCCCUGACAUUCACCCGACAUCUCUGCGACACCUGGAGUCGGAAUUCGGACUUGGAACCAAGUCGGUUCCGACGACACCUCUGUCUAAAAAUCCCCCCAGCGCUGGGCAGAGCGGGUCGCGCACGCCUCUUCCCGGUCAGCUAGGGUUCAAGUCCGUGCCCACCACGCCCGUGCUCAAGUCCUCUCAGGGCUUUCCUCUCCUUCCACCUCCACCCUCCUCCGCACGUGCAAGUUCCCACCACCACCAUCCCCACCUGGCGGCUCGCGGCACGUCCUCCGUGCCAACGACUCCCACGAAACAACCAAUGCCGGAUUUUCUGUCCCAAGGCAUCACCUGCAGUGCUCAGCUCUCCGAUGGACCCCCUGCAGGGUCCAGAACCUCGGCAGGUUCGGAGGGUUCUGCUGGAUCCCGCGCUUCGGCCGGUUGCGAUAUGGCCGCCUUCUCGAAAGGUCGACGCAGCUCCGGGCAGAAUGAGAUUCCGGGCGGGUUGAGGAGGUCGUCUCAAAGUGAUUCGUCUGGAAUGGUCAGCCAAGCAGGUCCCUUGGCUGGAAAACCUCCAAUUGGCGGAAGAGCCGUCGCCGCGCCCCCUUACGGCAAGCUGGUGGAGCGGCUGCAGAGCGGAGACUGGCGCCAGAAGCAGGCGCACUCCAUGCUGAUGACGUCAGACUCGCCCGGAGGGGCACAGCAGUCCACGCCCACUUUUGGUUACGUCACGUCUGACCAGCACAACCUCACCGGACGCAGACCCCUGUCUCUCGUUUGAUGCUCAUCUUAAUGUACUCAAGGACCUCGGAUUGGACUUGGUUGUACUGACCUCCCUAACUCCUCUUGUGAGCCGUUGCUCGUCCCUUCACGUUCUGAGGAGUCGUGGAAGUGAUCAAGCAUCGGAGUUACUUCUCAACAUAUUCCACAUCCACCUCAAACCUGCCUUCAACGUCUUCCGAGUGACUCAUCUUUGGUCACCGAUACCUCUACUCUAGUUUCAUGCUCUUACAAUGAAGAUAGAGCAUACCUGGGCAAAGAUGGCUCAUACUUUAAAUAAACAACAUCCACUUUGAAGGAUAAGACUCAUCGUCAACAGCCCUGCAUAUGCAUUAUCAGCAGUGAAGCAACUGACAGUAGCAAGUGUCAUAACACAAACUGAGCAAUGCUGGGAAUUUUCAACAACUGUAGUGUGCUGGGAUUGUUCAUCUACUACAGUGUGAUAACAGAACUGUUACCAGCAAAGGUAAAGGCCAUCAAUAAAAGUCUGGACAUUGUGCAUGACAAAUCAACACCCCCUAAUGAUGCAUACUAUACCUGGUACUAAUGGCAACUACCGCAGCCUGCCAAUCACAUUGAGUAGUUCUUUAAAGGCAAAAGAAUCCACCAUGACUACCGCUUCUUGCCAGUAGCACUUCCAGUGGAGUGUACUAAUGAAGCACAAAAAAGCACAGAGAGAACAACUAGCAGGUGAUGUGAUGCCCACCUAACUUCCUUGUGGCAACGGUCAAAAUGAUUUCCAAGAAGUAUGCAUGGAAAUUCCAAAAUCAGUAUUCAUGGAAUAGAUUUGGGGAAUGGGAGGUAAUCAUGUGCCACCAAUACACCUCAAACUGAUUUGAGUUUUUUGUUGGGUUUUUUUUUUGUGGUGGGGAAUGGGGAUAUUCUGCUACUGAAAAAAAUCUUGAUUUAUAUUUGCUUCUAACAAAAAACACUCUAAGAAAGGUUGAGAUUAAACUGUUAGAUUUUCCUAUUUUCCCAAGCUCGACCUGUGUCUGUCUAAAAUCCUUACAGCAAAGCAGUAGCUGGGGUUGUCUGUUCUUCUCUAGACAAAAUUCCUUAAUCUGUGAAUUUUAUUUUGUGUCAAUUCCUCGGCCUAAAUUGUUUACUCUUGUGGAUACAAAUGUUGGGGUGGGGAGGAUUUUAUGUCCAACAUUCUGCACUAACCAAUAUUAAAAAAUCACGAAGUUCAUUAAGUUUUAAAAAUGUGUGUUAAACAUCCUGCAAAUAAACUGUAACAUAUUUAGUUUACUGAAGUAGAUUGCAUGACAAUAAGUCUUGUGUUCUUUUUCUAGAAAAAAAUGCAAGGUGACAAGUUAAAAGUCUCAAAAGAUCUACUGUUAAGAUUGUAACCAAAAGGCACCAUAAAAAAAUUUGAUAAAAAAAAUGCAUGGAUCUGAACUCUGAACUUAUUGCAAACUAUACCAGAUCUUUGGCAUACAUUGUCUUCUGCUCAGUUGAAGUUGUUUAAAUUUCAGCAUAUGAGAGUUCAUAAUAAACUGGGAAACGCA